AUGAAGACACGCUUUUUCGGGUUAGAAUUUCACCUUAGUCCAGCACCAAGCCUGUUUUGGUGAGUAAAUUAAAUACACAUGAACAUUGAUAGUUUUUAUUGCCUAUUAGAUGCAUAAAUGCAAUUUUCAGACAGAAUUUACAAAGAACGUCAUUACAAAGAAAUCAGCAUUCUGGCUCAGAAAAGCCUUGCUUAGAACAGUCUUGAGAACAACAGCCCGCUUCAGAAUAAGUUGUCGGAGAACAGCCUAGAUAAGACCUAACUGCCUCAGAAUAGCCUGCAUCAGAGCACAAUUCAUCGACAAGGCCUACCACAGAACAGCCUGCAUCAGAAACUCUGUUUUAGAACAGACUGCAACUGAACGGCCUUUUUCAGAAAAACCAUUAUCUGUAAUGGCGUGCCUAAGAUUAGCCUUCACCAGAAUCAAAUUGUAUCAGAACAGGCUGCCUCAUAACAGAACUCCACUAAACGGCGUGUCUCAGAACAGUUAUAGAACAGCCUAAAUCAGAAUAGCCUAACCCCAAACAGCCUAGCUCUAAAAAAAUUUCUCACAACAGCCUGAAUCACACCAUCCCGCAUCAGAAAAAACAGCCUUUGAACAGCUUGAUACAGAUUAGACUGAAUCAGAACAACCUGCAUACAGGAAUUCCUGCCUCAGAAAAUUCUGCUCCAGAACGGCCAGCCUCAUAACAGCGUGCCCCAGAUCAGCCGCUCUCAUUCUAGCAUUCGUCAGAAUAGCCUGCCUCGUAACAGCCUGCCCCAGAUCAGCCGCUCUCAUUCCAGCAUUCGUCAGAAUGUCCUGCCUCAUGACAGCCUGCCCCUGAUCAGCCGCUCUCAUUCUAGCAUUCGUCAGAAUAGCCUGCCUCAUGACAGCCUGCCCCUUAAAAGCCGUUCUCGUACCAGCAUUCGUCAGAAAUGCCUGCCUCGUAACAAUAUGUAUUAAAAGGUGAGCAUCCUGGUCGCAAAACAGUCGGCUCAGAUAAAUCUUCAAAAAGACAAACUGUUUUAGAAAAAUCUGCAUCAGAAAAGCCUUGCUCAGAACAGCCAGCCUAAGAACAAUCUAUUUAACAACAGUCUGCCUUAGAACGUCUGCCACAAAAAAAUAUAAAUUAAAAGACCGCAUUCAAGCCUAGUAAAUGAAUAAAAUAGCAAAACGCGGUAUGAGGAAGCUUGACUUAGAGAACAGGACAAAAAGAUAAGGACGUUUAUGCAUAAAGUUUUCGUCAGCUAAUAUUAGAAAUGAAAAUGUCACAAAGAACAGAGCACACAGAACAACUCAAGAAAUAUAACUUGUUGUCGCCACAAGUGGGAACACAGGAAGCGAGAGAAGAUACAUAUUUGACACUGUGAAAAAUGAGGUCCACAAUAAUAAUGGACGGUAAACCUGGUCCGUAAAGGAAGGCCUCAGAAAUUUCUGAUUCAUAAUAGCCUGCCUUAGAACAGCAUUUGUCAGAACAGCCUACCAAAGAACUGGAGAUCUCACAACAGCACACCACAGAACAGCUAAUCACAGAACGUCCUGCCUUACAACGGCCGGCAAAAGAACUAUCUGCGUCAAAUCGACAUUUCUGAGAACGGAAGUCUUACAACUGCCGACUUUAGAACAGCCUGCCUUGUAAAAGCCUUUUAAAGAAAAGCCUGCAAUUAAAAUACCGGCCUAAGAACAUUAUGUUUGUCCAAUAACGGCUUGUCUCAUAGCAGCAUGAAAAAGAACAGUCAGUCAAAAAAAAAGACUGUCUAAGAACAGCAUGCAACACAAAAAAUACACAGAGUAGCCUGUUUAAGAAUGAUUCAGAAGUGCCUGUCUCAGAACAGAAUGCUUCAGGAUGACAUGGCCAAAAAAAAACCUGCCAAAUAACAGCCUGCCUAAAAUAUCUUUCCACAGAAUUGUCUAAUACAAACGGCUGACCAUAAAAGGGCCUGCAUCAGACAUGACUGAGUCAGAACGUCCUGUUUUACCACCUCUUAUCUAAGAUACCUACAACAGAACAGCCAGUAACACACACGCCUGCGCUUGAAAAUCCUGACUGAGAACAGCCUUUCUUAUAACAACCUACCUAAGAAUGGACGGCCAUACUAUAAGGCAGCCUGUCACUAAAAGCUUUCAAAGAAAAAAAGUUUCUCAGAAUACCCUAAAGCCAAACAGAGUAGCUCUGGAAAGCCUUAAUAAAGCCUGCCUCAGAACAACCUGUCUCGAAACACUAGCUCUUUGAAUGCAACCAAGAGCUACGGUAGAUCUACUUAAGUCAUCGGAUGAAUUAAACUAUUAUCGUUUCUGCACCUGCAUGAAAUCCCCCGUUUCUAGAAAUUUAAUAACAGAGCCAUGUCAAGAUGACAUAGAGCUUAGGCCCGCAACCAAAAAUGUUAGGUUUUAUAAAUUAAUAUGUUUUAAUAUCGCUAAUUGAACAAUAAGUCACAAAUGACUAACACACAAUGACCAACGGUAUAUGCUAAAUGUCAAAAGACAACCUACACAUUCUAAAUGUCAUCGAUUAUAAAAAAGGGACAAAUUCAUGAUACUCACUUCUAUAAGAACGACUGUGUUGCAAAAUAUUGCGGUCCAAAGAAUAAAAUCUUCCAAAUGUAACGUUCGAGAAACUCCAAGAUUAUGCAUCCAUCGGACAUUAAAAAAAAUUAAAAAAUCACAAUCCGCUGCAACAAAGUUAAAGUCAAAAUUUUCAAGCAAAAUGUUAAAUAUUGAGACAAGCUGGAAUAUCCAAAUUUCUCCACAAACUAUUGUCGACAUAUUUGUUCAUAGCCGUACACAUUUCCUGAAACAUAAAAGAAAGAAGGAGAGGUAGCGACAUACAUCUCCAAGGUAAAUCGCCGCUUGAGUGAAAUGACUGACAUCGUCAGCCAGCAAAGCAAAAGAUAUCUCAAUAAGUUGAAACCUACGUACUAAAAAGCACUCAAGCCAUAGAUAUUCGUUAAAAAAAACAUGCAGCGAAUAUAUAGUUGCACCCACGCUAUCUGAAUCCAAUAUGUCGUUUCCUCGAACAAAACAAAAUGAUGGAAAAAAGUCAUUAGAUGAUGCGCUAAGUAUGAAAUCAAGAAUCACAACAAGCAACAUGGGCAAGAUAGAAGUUUUCGACUAGAUCGCCAGUCGGAUCCACGUUGCUUUAUCGCAAACACAUAAAAUGAAGCUGCCAUUGAGUUGUUAAGCUAAGAUGAUGAGUCAUUUUUUAUUAAAUUUGGCAUCCUCAUGUAUUAAAAAAAAAUAAUACGGAUAGAAAUCAAAAGGUCAUCAACAUCUUAAGCCUAAAUAUGAAUUCAAAGACUUACACAGGCCCGUUUCCAUGCGGAGAACACAGGUAGCAGCCAAAUGGAGAGUGCAAAGUAUACGGUGAACCUGGAUGGCAGCCAAAUUGAGAGUGGAAAGUGUACGGUGAACCUAGGAAACAGCCAAAUUGAGAGUGAAAAGUGUACGGUGAACCUGGGAAACAGCCAAAUUGAGAGUGGAAAGUGUACGGUGAACCUGGGAAACAGCCAAAUUGAAGGUACGAAGCGUAAUAAGUAGCUACGGAAAUCGUUUUCGUUCAAAGCUCAACAUGGAAUAUUUGAAAUUGGCACUGACAAUGAUACGCACUGUGUUAAACCAAUCAUGAGCGCUGAUAUAUUAACAUGGCAAUAUUUUGUAGAUUCUUAUUUUGCAGGUGUAAACAUAAGUCUUGAACUACAUUCAACCAACAAUCAGUACAGAAGAAUGUUUUAGUGGCUCAAUAUUUUUUUUUUUUACAAAAGCGAUCACAACUGCUGGCAGCGCAGUUUUGAUGUCUUAAGGAUUCGAAAGAUCGUUGAGAAACCUGUAAGGACACUGCUAACAUACAAUAUAUCUAUUCCCAUCGUUUGGCUGGUUUGAUCUCACGAUUUCAUUCACAGUUAACCAUAAAUCGCUAGCAAUCAAUGAGAAUUUGCAUGCAGUCGAACAAAAAACAAUUAAUUUUUUUGCCCAAGAUUACGAUAAAAUUGGAAACAUUAAUGUGUGACUUGAUAUUUUGCAUUGCUUCUUAAGAAACAAAAUAUUUCGUAUACAUCAAUGAAUUCCAAAUUAUGAGAUGCUUCAUAUGAGAUAAUAUUUUUUUACUUAAGGCUUACCAUACGUUCUUAUUUAUGUGAUUUUACUCUCAAGAGAAAGGUUUAGAAACUGGAUAGCAAGUCGAUAAUUUUGAAAGUGCCAAAAAUCCUGCUAAAUAAAGGUGUACUAGUUAUGCUGCUAAGAACUCCCAAUGCAAGGCAGAGGGUGUGUAACAUUACAUGAAUGCUUGUAAUGUGUUUUAAAACAACUUCAUCACUGUAGAAAUUAUUACCUAAUCAAUCGUGCUUACACCGUAUUACUGCCGCGAAGUGAAUUGCGCCGAUCAUCACUACUCUAUCCUUUAUUUUCCAUCGUCGACAAUGCCCCAACAAUACGAAUUAUGCAAUAAUCAUGAACAAAUCAACACCAGUAACAGAAACAUUGCAAAUCCCAUCUACAUGCAUAGGAGCCAACAUGAUCAAUAAAUUGAUCGUGGGCCCUUAAGAUAUAGAAGAAGAAGAAGAAAUCUCAAUGAAAAAAUAUUCAUUCAUGUUAAAAUUGAUCUUACAUCUACCUUAUUUAUCUUAUGGACAACUUUAUUUAAUAUUGUCACAAAUGUCAAGACUAUGAAAAUCAUAAACGAUUUUUUUUUCAUUUAUAACAUAUAUUUUUCGUGUUGUCAGUCUAUUGGCAAACCAAAGGUCGUCAGACAGAGCAGUCAACUAGUCCAUCGUAAUUAUUCGAUAGUUUUUCGACCAAGCCUGCCACCAACUUACCCAUGUUGUGGUCAUCUUUUAUGUACAACAACAUAAUCAUGAGAUGGUCAUCUAUUAAGUCAACCAGCUGAAACAUGUUUUUUGUCUUCUAGUUGGUCCACCAACUAAAUAUGCGUGGGCUAUCUAGUAGAUGCAUCAAAUUAAAUAUGUUUUGGUUAACUAGUAGGUCCACCAACUUAUCCAUGCGGUGGACAUCCAGUAGAUCCACACAUGAAGCCAUGUAUUGGUCCUUUAAUAUGUCCACCAACUUUACCAUGUGUUGGUCAAUAAAUAAGUUCACACACUUAACAAUGUGUUUGUCAUCUAGUAGGGCCCGCAAUGUACCUAUGCUGUUUUCAUCACGGAGGUCGACAAACUUAAAAAUAUGAUAGUCAUCUUGUAGGUCCUCCAACUUAAACAUGUGUUAAUUAUCUAGUAUGUCAACCAAAUAUACAUGUUUUACUCUUCUACUAGCUUCACUAACUUCAACAUGUGGUGGACACCUAGUAGGUCCUCCAACGUACCUAUGAGUUGGUAAUCUGGUAAUCCACCAACAUAAACAUGUUGUGGUCAUCUAUUAGGUCGACUAGAUCAUCUAAGUUUUACUAGUUUCAGUCAUCUAUUUGGUCCACCAACUUAAACUUAUGGUGGUCAUCUAUUAGUUCCAACAAUUGAAACAUGUGUUUGUCAUCUAUUAGGCCCACUAACCCUAACCAUGUUGUUUUCAUGUAGUAGGUCCACCAAAUGAAUCAUGUGGUUUUUGUCUAGUAGGCUCACCAACUUACCCAUAUGCAGGUCGAUACUGAGGAGUUUCCUGAGGCAGCUUUUGUGAAAAGUGUGUUCUUUAUUGGCCUUAUGCUGGUAUCAUGCCCACGUUUGACAUCCAUAGAGCAUUGACGAGAGAACUGCUGUGCUACAUACAUUGAUCUUUGUUUCUCGUCUGAUGUCUCUCCUGUCCAAAACAGUGCUGAGAAGUCUAGCAAAUACUGCACAGGCCCUUACGAGCAGGAUAUACAUUUCGUCAUCUGGAGAGGGUGCUGCCCAGGUAAGUAAAUGUAUCCACCGCGUUAAGACGCUGUCCACUGAUGUUGAUGUUGGAAUCAACGUAGAGCUUACUGGGAUCUGGCUGAUACACAACUUCCGUCUUCUUUGUUUUGAUUUUGAGGCCAAAGUUGUUGCAGGCAUCAAUGAGAUAUCAACGGUGUGGUGCAUUGUGGCUUCUGAGACAGAGUUAAGGGCAGAAGCUUGUUGUUUGAUUUCGAUUUUAGCCUAAAGCAACUUAGAGUUAAAAACUGAUCCAAGUUUGUGGAAACGGAUAGGCAAACCCGUGGUGGAGGUAUAAUAAGUUUACGACUUGUUUGUUAACGUCGAAACUGUAUAUUUUUUAAGGUAGAAAAGAAUUUUGUAAAAUUUUAUUUUUAUACAGCAUUUGGCAGUGCCCAUGAUAUCUGUACUUUUAUUAAUGGUCACAACUAAGUACUUAUAUGCGUCAACUUUCUCUAUCCUUUAAGUUUUUAUGUUGAGAUCAGUAAUUUGGAAUUGCUCCACCAUAAUCAAAAAACAUUUAACAUUGUGCCUAGACGCGCUACAUUUUUUAGAUUUCAGUGGGAGAAAUUUCAUUGCACCAAUUGAUAAGGUCUGUAAUUAAGUUGAUGUAUAAGGCUUCUAUUUCAGCCAGCUAGGGUGGUAUCUUCAGAUCUUAUCAUUGGAAUGGUAUCGUUUGAGCUUUGAAUAUCAUUGGUAUAUAUUUUAUACAUCACAGGGAAUAGAAAGCAACCUUGUGGCGCCCCGAUACUUAUUUCUGUGGUUAGAGAUACAUGGUCAUUUACCUUGAGAAAUUGUAAUUGAUUUGCUAAAAAAAUCAUUAUCUAAGCUUAAAUAUUUUAAUUUAUUCCUAACGAGGAAUUAGUCCGUAUCACAAGCUGCAGUUGGAUAGUGUUAAAUGAUGAUGAGAAGUCUAAGAGAGACCCUGGCAUAUUUGUUUAAGGCUGUGUAUGUGAUGGUGAAGUCUCUCCAACAAUAGUAAGACGGCAUCCUAACUGCAUCUGUCAGGUUUAUAAGCGAAUUCGUGGGUGUCAAGUUUUUGCUGUACUUCAUCAAAAAAAUUUAUCUCAGAAAAAGUAUCUGAAAAUCUAUCAUGACAACAGAGAUAAGUGCAACAGGACGUAAAUAGUUGUGGCAAGUUACCUUUUUUUUCUUUGGAAUUGGUAUGAUUUCUGACGUUUCCCAAAAUGUUUGCAUAGCGUAAGUUACAUAAGAUGUAUUCAAUAUAUAACAAACAAUCUAGGAGACCUGCUCUGAGGCAUAGAUUAACGAGCCGAUCACUUAAUCUUUCUGGUCCAGCGGCCUUGCCAGGGUCCACAUUUCUAAAAUAAAGACAGAACAUACUGUUCUGUAAACAAGAAAGUAUCCUCCUGUGUAGUGCUGCCUUCUUUAAAUGAAAUCCUCAUUUUAAUGUGUACACUUUUAACGACAAUACAAUCCAUUUUAGUCGUUAACAAAAUUCUUCACAUACCUACUCAACAAAGAAACAGUCAUGCUUAGGAAUAUAUCCUGUUAUUUGUGUUAGUCGAGAUUAGCUAUAAUAUUUUCGCUACUAGUUCGGAUACUACAAUGUUUCUGAUAGCAUACGUAUAAUUUAAAAACAAUUUAUUUAUUCAUAAACGUGAGUAAUUUUGUCUCAUUAAAUGUAAAUUUUACGUUGAUUAAGACAGUAUUUAAAUAACAUUACACAUUCUCAACGACUUAUGUUUGUAAAGCGUUUAUAACACAUUUUUCCUGUAGAGACAAAUAAAAGAAAGGCUUACACAACAGCCCUCAAAGAGCUAGGGAGAAGGGACUGACAAAACAGUCAAGUAGAAGCUAGAAUUAAAUAAUUACUGAGGAAGGAAAUAGAGAAAUUUACUCAUCAGUUAAUUAGAUGCUAGACAGAGAGGAACCUACUCAUCAGCCAAUUAGAGUCUAGAAUUAGAGGACCUUACUCAUCAGACAAUUAGAGGCUAGAAUUAGAGGACCUUACUCAUCAGACAAUUAGAGGCUAGAAUUAGAGGACCUUACUCAUCAGACAAUUAGAGGCUAGAAUUAGAGGACCUUACUCAUCAGCCAAUUAGAGGCUAGAAUUAGAGGACCUUACUCAUCAGCCAAUUAGAGGCUAGAAUUAGAGGACCUUACUCAUCAGCCAAUUAGAGGCUAGAAUUAGAGGACCUUACUCAUCAGACAAUUCGAAACAAGAAAGAGAAACACACAAUAGUCACGUAUGUGUUAGGAAUAAAUAGAGGAAAGUAACUAAUGGAUUUACACAACAGCCCUGUUACUAGCAUCCAUUCGUCUCACUUUGACGGUGGUGUAGACUUGGCAGGACGACAUCCAAAAGGAUGGUUGGCCGAUUGGUCUGCAUUGACUUAAUCAAAAUAGCAGGUGGUCUCGAGUUCAAACCCACCAAUGCCAAAGACAAUCACGACAAUCUCAAGGACCCCGGGUGGAUGGGACACGUUAGCCUUGGAAGGAAAACUGUAAACUCUAACCAUGAGCAAGAAUGAUCAAUAAAGUUAUAGUAGACACUCACAAUAUUUAUAUUCUUCUUCUUGGGAUUAUAAGCGUGUACCCUACACAGCUGAUCACCUAUCUCUACGUCGAUGGAUAAUGCCAGUGGCGUCCCAAGAACUUUCGGAUAGUUUCAUUGUAUCAAUGUUAACCGCCAAAGUGAUCCCAUCUCCAGGUUUGAAUUCAGUUUCCUUCUCUUGGAUAAGUUUCCAUUAAAGUUUAGUUAAAGUUAAGUCACAUCCAAUUGGAGCGAUGUUGAUGUUUUUUGCUUGAUUUUGCUCAGAUGGUUUUUUGUCGAACUGUAUAUCUUAGUGUCACUUGCUCAUCCACCCUUCGAAGCCGGACGCUCACCCGUGGGGCAUCCUAGUCUAUUACUUCACACAGACCAGUGCAACCGACAUCAACGUUCUACUUCAACGAUAUAUGCAGCUUAAUCUCUCACACACAAAAACAAGCCACGCCGUGAAUAUCACACAAAGGCCAUCCUUUCAUUCUAUCAACAACUAAUGCGUAAUUUCUCCUUGCCCAAAUACGUCCUAACUCUCUCAAACAAUAGAUACGGCUACACAUGAAAUCUCUGUACUAAAUAUAUUUUCCCUACCGAACAGGACAACAGUGAUUUAGACAUAAUAACAUUGAUUCUCAUACCCUUGGCAUAUACCCCUAUUCCGCUUAGAUUCUACUCCCCCAAGUAGAAUCUUCCAAAAAUGAAUAGUCAGGGUAUGGGAACACUGUUGGGUCAUACAACAAAAAAUUGACUCAAAACAAACAACCCUGUUAAAAUUACACUGUUCCAUCCUUAUUCUAAUUACAUCAAAGUUACAGCACGUGUUAAAUCAUCAUUGCAUCGUUAUUAUAUACAAUAUAACUACAGUGACGAAUAUAAUAGCAAGACAAUGUAACAUUUGUAACUUCAAUGUAUACCUCUACCCUCUAAUUACAUAAAUUUUAGACAUUUAAAAAAAGAAAAUCAUGGAUUAGUAGUAUCGCAUCUCAGUAAAUACUAUUCAUAAUAAGUCAAAGAUGAAAAUAUUUACAACGACCAAAAGCUAUCAACUCACUGAAUCAAUGUCAAACUCUGUUAAUGAAUCACGUUUACCUAAUUAUACAAGUGUCCAAAAUAAGAAGAAGAAAAAUGUCAACAUCCAUGAACUCAUGUGGACAGCCAUGCAUUGUCCAAUCUAAUAUUAGCGUUUAAGAGGUAAAUAUUUCGCUUGUCCGACGCCUGGUAAAAAAGCGUGCACAAAUCUUCAUUAAACUUAAAGUCUGAGAAAUAUCUGCUCUUAACCUUCCAGCACUACCAGCUCUCAUGAUAUAAAUCAUUUACUACAGCCAUAAUUUUCUCCCCUAACCCCACCUCAAGGAAAAAGCUCACCUACUUUACGGAAACUAUGUUUUUUUCUCUUAUGUUAUGUGCACUUCAAUUACACAAAUUUCGGUCAGCCACGUAUAGCGUAUGACCUAUGACGUAUAACCUUUGACUUAUGACCUAAGACGUUUGAGAUGUGAUGCAUGACUGCUGCGUCGUUUUGGAAAAUGUACGUGAGAAAAUGUGUUCACUUUUUGGGUUGCAAGCAACAGUGAACAAUGCAGUUUGGUGAAGGAUUGAGUUUGUAUUUUCCUAAUGAUUUCUGGUGCAUCGUUGCAGUGUUCAUCGGGGAUUAUUUUUUUUUUUAUAUUUUGAACGUCCGUUAUCUUAUUACUGGUUACGCCUUGUUGUAGACUUGUUUUACACAGCGUAUAUACAAUUAAAGAUUGAUACAUAAUUUAAAAAGUAACCAAUACAUUUUUUUUGGCAUACCUAAACAUCAGCUUUACAAGGGCUAGGAGAGGACAACGGCUACGCAUAUUAUUUUAUGUUACUUACUGAGAGGUGGUGGCCAGUCUUGGUGGCGUUUAUCUGCAGCUGUCAGCCCUAUUGAAGACAGAUAGAAAAAAAAGACCUGCAAAACAGUCCAUUUAAGGCCUGGAAGAAAAGGAGACUUGCACAACAGUCUUUUAAAAGCCUGGAAGCAUACGACUUAAAAAAGCACUGUUAAGGCCUGGAAGAAAAGGAGACUUGCACAACGGUCUUUUAAAAGUCAGGAAGCACAGGACUUAUAAAAGCACUGUUAAGGUCUGGAAGAAAAGGAGACUUGCACAACAGUCUUUUAAAAGUCAGGAAGCACACGACUUAAAAAAGCACUGUUAAGGCCAGGAAGAAAAGGACAUGCACAACAGUCAUGUUAAUAGCAGGUGGAAAAUGACUUGUGUAACGAACCGGUUCCUACCAGGGUUCGUUAGAUGUGUUUUUUCUUGGGUUAUUAUAUUAAUUACACAUUUCAUAUAUUCUUAGAGUAACGUAUCUUGAUAUAUAAUCCCCCGGCAAAUUUCAAAUAAGACGGGUAAACCACCAAUUAGGCUAUUUAUAGAUACGCCUGAGUGUGGUUCCUUUAUGAGUUGACCAACGCAUAAAAUAUAAUUCCUGAUUACUACGCUACAUGAUAUUUAUAUAUUUUUUUUAAUAACGCACUUUCGUUUGGUGCGUUCUAUUUUCUUUUCGGAAAUUAAAUCGUCUCAAUUUAAGUAUUGUGUAAAAAAUAUUCGGUUUAAAUAUUGUUUGGACAUGAGAAUAUUAAUAUAGUUCAUGGGCGUGACAUAAAAAGUUUGCAGUGACGUAUCAUGGGGCAAGGGGUGUAGCAAACAUUGGGAUUCUUAAAUGUGCGUCACUUGAGUUCAUGUUUUGUCAAGUAACUUUACUCGAUGGGAAGUUCAUUGCUAUCGCCAAUGUUUGACGGGCUAUACCUAGUACUUAAUAACUUAACUACAUGUCCAACUACCAUUAUUCAAUCACACCAAACUACACUUUAACAUCACGUAAUUUACCCAUCUUACAAAAUACGUCACAAAAUACUAAGCAUAAUAGUUCAAGCAACACAUAUACUCUCUAAAAAACGCAAAAUUAUAAUAAAAAUUCAAGUCCUUCACGACAAAGAAGCAAAAGAAUUGCACAAAAUCCCUGAAAGGACCAAUGAGAAAAUGACUUGUACUCUCUCUCUAAUCUUUGCUGUUGUAGCUCAGUUGACAAAUAUGAGCUUGAAGAAUUGAACUGGUUUGAUCUUUGAAACUUGCAGCAACAAAUGGCAGGUAUUUAAACGACUCUCUGCCAAAGUCUUUUCCCAAUGUAUUCCGCAAGCUAUUCUUGUUUCACUUACAUUAAUAACAACAACAUUCAUAGUGGACCCUUUCUUUACAACCAUCCGACGAUUUUAAAUGUGGCAUCGAUCGACAAAUCAUGGUGAUCUUCUAUUUGGGUCAUGUUUUCUAAGUGUAUAUCGUUUUAGUGUGAACAGAAAUAAGGCAGGAUUUAUGCAGAAAUUAUUGAAAUAUGUGCAAAGAGUUCAUUCCAGCUUCAGUUUCUUUUCGAACAUGCUUUUAAAGAAUAUCAAGGAAGUUUUCAAUUAAAUGUUUACAUUAUGAAUAAGUAGACCGCCCCUGGGGACAACUCCUGCAUCCGUUCAAGAUUGAACGCCCCUGGGGACAAUCCUGCAUACGUUCAUGAUUGACUGCCCCUGGGGACAACUCCUGUAUACGUUCAUGAUUGACCGGCCCUGGGGACAACUCCUGCAUACGUUCAUGAUUGACCACCCCUGGGGACAACUCCUGCAUACGUUCAUGAUUGACCACCCCUGGGCACAACUCAUGUAUACGUUCAUAAUUGACUGCCCUUUGGGACAACUCCUACAUACGUUCUUGAUUGACUGCCCCUGAGGACAACUCCUGCAUACGUUCAUGAUUGACCGGCCCUGGGGACAACUCCUGCAUACGUUCAUGAUUGACCACCCCUGGGGACAACUCCUGCAUACGUUCAUGAUUGACUGCCCCUGGGGACAACUCCUGCAUACGUUCAUGAUUGACGCCCCUGGGGACAACUCCUGCAUACGUUCAUGAUUGACCACCCCUGGGGACAACUCAUGUAUACGUUCAUAAUUGACUGCCCUUUGGGACAACUCCUACAUACGUUCUUGAUUGACUGCCCCUGAGGACAACUCCUGCAUACGUUCAUGAGUGACCACUCCUGGGGACAACUCCUGCAUACGUUCAUGAUUGACCGCCCCUGGGGAAACUCCUGUAUACGUUCAUGAUUGACCACCCUUGGGGACAACUCCUGCAUACUUUCAUGAUUGACCGCCCUUGGGGACAACUCCUGCAUACGUUCACGAUUGACCGCCCUUGGUGACAAUUCCUGCAUACGUUCAUGAAUGACCGCCCAUAGGGACAACUCCUGUAUACGUUCAUUAUUGAACGUCCAAAGGGACAACUCUUGCAUACGUUCAUGAUUGACAGCCCCUGGGGACAAUUCCUGUAUACGUUCAUAAUUGAACACCCCUGGGGAAAACUUCUGCAUACGUUCAUGAUUGACCGCCCUUGGGGACAACUCCUUCAUACGUUCAUGAUUGACCGCCCCUGGGGACACCUGCUAUACAUGUUUAUGAUUGACCGCCCAUAGGGGCAACUUCUGCAUACGUUUACGACUGACCGCCCCUGGGGACAACUCCUGCAUACGUUCAUGAUGGACUGUGUUUAUUUGUGUGUGUGUGUGUGUGUUCAUUCUAGUUUCAAUAGCAAUUUGAACACUUAAGAGGAUUGUCCCUCGAAAUCAAUGCCCGACAGAUCUCAUUAACUUUGUUGAAUUUUGGUCUCGAGAUUUAGUUUGUAGUCUGUUGAUUUAUACAUGAUAAGUGUCUAAAACAAGUGUUCAGAGCAACCCUAAGUUGAAGCUUGACUUAAAUCUUCAUCUGAUUAGAAAUGUUUGCACCGCCUCAUGUCUUCACGAGACGGCAUUAGGAUGAAAUUAUGUUGGAGUAAGCUCAUUUUGUUGGGCAUAAACAGCUGUGUUUAAUAUUUCUUCUGUCAGCUUUGGCUUAAACAUAUAUUGAUUUUUUUCAAACCCUUUUUUCAGCCAUUACGUCUUUCAGCAACCUAUGAGACAAUAAACAAUAUGAAAAUUUAUAUAGCUCAUUUUUAAUGACUACAAUCAAUUUAUUUAGUGUCAUUUUUAAUGACGACAAACAAUUUGUUUAGUGUCAUAUUUAAUGACAACAAACAAUUUGUUAUACGCUUUAUUCAUUGACAACAAACAAUAUGUCUAGUGUUGUAUUUAAUGAAACCGAACAAUUUGUUAAAAAUUGUAGUCGAUGAACACGAAUAAUUUUUGUUAUUGUUAUAUUCAAUUAUAACAAACUAUAUGCUUAGUGUUGUACUCACAGAUAAGAAACAAUGUUUAGAGUUGUAUUCAAGGACGGCAAAUAUACGGGUUUGCCAAUAAUGUAUGAAUUGUGUACUGAACUUCUAGUCAAUCGAUUUUUUUAGACUUGACAUAAAGUAGAUCCUCUUGGUAUUUCCAUUAAAAAGGGGCGUGACUAAAGACGCAUUAUAUUGCCACCGGCAAAGGCACACAUCAUAAAAACUCAUCGGUUUGUAGAUAGCAUUGUUUGAAUAGAACAUUCGUUUUUAAAAACGUAUUUUCUAUCUGACAUAUUUAUUCUAUCUUAUUAUUUAAGCUGAGAAGAAGAAGAAGAAUUUGUUUAGCAGGAUAGAAUUCACAGGCGUCUCUCACUAUAACACUUCGGAAUCUUAAUGUCCAUAUUUUCACACAAAAUGUAUUAUCAGCAUGAGGUUCAACGAUUUUUUUAUGUUUUCCUUUCUUUGAUACAUGUAAAUAUUAAUUUACAAUAUAUUUUUUUUUCUAAUUAAAUUUUUUGCAGUCUUCGGCAUAUGAUAAAAGUUUUAAAUAUGUUAUCUUCCGUCUCUUGUCCUAAUACAUUUUUAUCUUUGUGUUUACGUGUUUAAAUUUGCACAAAGCAAUUAAAAAAAAACGUUUAAAAUGUUCCUUAGCAGCACCCCCAGUAAUGUAACCCCCAUAUGUCCUGAAGCAGUACGCCCACUAAUGUAAGCCCCAUAUGUCCUGAAGCAGUACGCCCACUAAUGUAAGUCACAUAUGUCCUGUACUAGCCUCAACACUCAUGUAAGUGAAAAUGUCCUGUAGCAGCAAACCCACUAAUUUCAGUCACAAAUGUCCUAUAGCAGCACCCUCACUAUUGUAAGUCCCAUAUGUCCUGUAGCUGCACACCAACUAAUGUAAGUCCCAUAUGUCCUGUAGCAGCACCCCCACUUAUUUAAUUCACGAGCCACCAUAUUCUAAUGUGUUCUACCCACUCAAAAACAAAUGGUUUGCUCAAACAUGGUUAUUGAUUGUCUCUUGAUUCUAAUCGCAUUAACAAUAUGUCAGAUUUAUUUCACACGUAUCUCAUUGGGUCUCAAAUCUGGUACAAGCGUACCGUUACAUAAGAAAAUGCUUUCCAUUUGUUAAUCUGUGUGCACUGUCGUUUAAUAAAAAGUAAGUGCACGUUAUUGUGUGUACCUCUAAAUUUAUCUGAACCGUUGAAGUUUCUCCAUCACAAUCCCAACUUCAUGACAUUCCAUUGAAACCAUUCAAGCAAAACCUCACAUCUAUGCCAUUCUUUGAUAUUUUUAAUCACAAUCUCACCUCCCUGACAAUCCUUUUAAAAGAUUUCCAACACAAUCUCAUCGCCAUGUCAUUCCUUCAAAAGAUUUCCAACACAAUCUCACCUCCUUGACAUUCUAUUUAAACGUUUUACAAAUGACUUUUCAUCACGUCUUUAAUUGCCGUCAUUUGAUUUCGACCUUGAACUUUUAUAGUAGAAAUAACAUUAUUUUGUAGCAAUAAAUCUCUUAACUUGCUAUUAUCUUUGGAGUUGAAAAAAAAAAUCUUUAUGAUCUGAAUAUAUUGUGAAGCUUUAAACAACUGUGCGAAAUUGAGGAUUUUCAAUUUAAAAAUUAGAAGAAAAAAAAUUGUGUUGGUCAGAUUUAACGAAUGAUUUGAGGAUAUGUUGAACUAAUUGAUUAAAUACCGUUAGAAUCACUAUAAGGACGUUUACAAUAGCUUGGUUUUAAGAUAAGCCCAAACGAAAGACAGUUUAAUCCAAAAGUUUGAGACCUCUCUAGUAAGGUAGGUAAUCUAAUUUUUUUUUUAAAAUUAGUUUAGAUGUUAAGCUAUUUAAGAGUGGUCUGACACGUCACUUGGUAUCUCUUCAAUCGGCGAAGCAAACAAUAACUUUGGUGUUUGAGUUUCAACUUAGCCCAGAACCAUGACUGCUUUGGUGAGUACAGUAAAUAGAUAUGAUGAUUGAAAAUAUUUAGUGUCUAUUAGAUGUGCGAUUGCAAUUGUUAGAAAGAAUUUACAAAGAACAUCACAGAACAUCAAUCAAUAGUCUUGCCCUGAGCAGCCUGACUGUUCAAAGCUUGUCAUGCUUGGAUAUGAAUAUAUUUGCCAAGAACAGUCGCUCUCAGAACUGACUGCCUUGCAUUAGAAAAUUGCUAAACGAUUUGCCUCACAAAAGCCUGUCUCAGAAUGAACUGCUCCAGAAUAGUAUUCCUCAUAACAGCCUGCCACAAAACAGCUUCUUUCAAAACGGUAUGCCUCAUAACCGUGGAAAUUAAAAAAAGCCUGUCUCAGAAAUUGAAGCCUCUUAAAAUCCAACAAUAAGACAUCCAGCAUUCAAACGGCCUGUCACAGAAUGGCCUGCCUAAAAACAGCCUUCGUCUCAAAGCAGCCUGUACAAGAACAGUCUGUCUCACAACGCACUGACACAUAAAAGCAAGCCUAAGAACGGCAUGUCCCGAACUAUCUACCUCAGAACAGUCUGCCUCACAUCGUCAUUAAUCAGAACAGCCUAGAUCAGAACAGCCUGUCCUAGAACAACCCGCCUUAGACUGGUUAUCAAAUUUACAUUGUGCCACAAAACAACCUAUCUCAGAUCGUCCUGACACAGCAAAUCGUGACUCAAAUCGGCUUGCCUGAGCACGACUAAAUAUGAACGUCUGUCCAGAAUGGUCUGCCUCAGGACAGUCUGCCUCGGAACGGCGUGAAUUCAGAACAACCUGGAUUAGAACACCCUGCCCCAGAAAGCCCAUGAACAAUGAAGCCUGCAAAAAAACAAAAUAACAUGUUUCAUAAUUGCCUGUCUUAUAACAACCUUGUUCAAAAAGAUCGGUCACAUUAUUGCCUUAAUCAUAACAACCUUCUUCAAAAAGAUCGAUCACAUUACAGCCUGCCUUCAAAUGACUUUAAUCAUAACACCCUUCUUCAAAAAGAUCGGUCAAAUUACAGCCUGUCUUAGAACGACCUUAAUCAUAACACCCUUCUUCGAAAAGAUCGGUCACAUUACAGCCUGCCUUUGAAGACAUUAAUCAUAACACCCUUCUUCAAAAAGAUCAGUCCUAUUACAGCCUGCCUUAGAACAACCUUAAUCAUAACACCCUUCUUCAAAAAGAUAAGUCCUAUUACAGCCUGCCUUAGAACUACAUUAAUCAUAACACCUUUCUUCAAAAAGAUCGGUCACUUUACAGCCUGCCUUAGAAUGACCUUAAUCAUACCACCCUUCUUUAAAAAUAUCGGUCACAUUACAGCCUGCCUUAGAAAGACCUUUAUCAUAACACACUUCUUUAAAAAUAUCGUUCACAUUACAGCCUGUCUUAGAACGACCUUAUUCAUAACACCCUUCUUCAAAAAUAUCGGUCACAUUACAGCCUGUCUUAGAACGACAUUAAUCAUGCAACAAAGUGCCUCAGAACAAACCUACUCAGGAAACAAUGUCACAGAAAGGCCUGUCUCAAAGUCUCCUUGCAUAGAACGUCAUGGAUCAUAAGAGUCUGUGUCAUUAGUGCCUGCUUCAAAACGACAACCGGAAUUACAGCCUGCCAGCUUGUCUCAGAACUUCCUGACACUGAAAAUCCUGUCUCAGAUCAACUUGUCUCAAAAAAAUAUGACCCACAAUAGGUCCUUUCUGAACGGUCUGCCUCAGUACAGUCUGCCUCAGAAUUGCGUUACUCAGAUAGCCUGGAUCAGAACAGCCUGUGUCAGAACAGCCUGUCUUAAACGGCCAGAAAAUUAAAGCCUGUCACAGAAAAGACCGCCAUAAAAAGUCACUUACACAUAAAAGACUGACUCAGAACAAACCUUCUUAGAAAAGCUGCCUAAGAACGGCCAAUUCAGAAGGUUCUGCUUCAGAUCCGCAUGCCUUAGAAUGGCUUGACUCAAAGCAUUAAAAAACAGUCUGGAUCAGAAAAGCCUAACACAGAAAAGCCUAACUAAUAACACACUUCUUAUAAAAAAGAAGUCACAUUACAGCCUGCUUCAGACCGACCUUAAUCAUAACAGUCUACUACAGAACAAACUGCCUCAGAACGACAAGUCUCAGAAAAGACUGCAACAGAACAGCCUGUCCCAGAGUAUUCUGCCUCAUAACAUAACAGACUAAAAGAGAACAGCCUGACUUAUUUGGCCAGUCUCGUAACAGCCGUUCACAGGACAGCCUUUAUCAUAAGAGCCUGCAACAGAACAUGUCUCCACACGUCAUGCCUAGAACAACCUGCCUCAAAACAGCCUGUCACAAAAUAUUCUGCCUUAUUAUUGCAGUCUACAGAACAACUUGCUAAAUAAGAGCCGCUUUCAGAACAAUCUGCUAAGGAAUAGCCUUCUGAUAGCAGCCUUUUAAACAAUGGACUGCCUUAGACCAGACUUCAUCUGAAUAGCUGCCUUCCAUAUUACACUCUGUUAAAACAUCCUGACUAAGAACUGCUUGCCUUAAAAUAGCCUGCCAGUAACAGCCUUCCUCGUACCAGCUUGCAACAGAGAAACCUGCCUCCGAUUGACAUUUUCUCAGAAUAGCAUGUCAAUGACCAACCUGAUUAAUAAAUGAAUGUCCCAGAACAGCUCGCCUAAAAAACGAAUGUCUGUGGAUAGACUGCAACUCAAAGACCUCCAACAUUAAAGCCUUUCUCAAAGCAGGCUGACUAAUAACCUGGAUCCUCACACAGUCAGCCUAUCAGAGACUUCCUUAUAAAAGCUUGCAACAGAAUGCCUGACACAGAGUUGCUUUCCACAGAACGAUAUGUCUGAGAACAUCUUGGCUCGAAACAGCCGCUCGCAGAAUAUCCUGCCUCAUACCGUCAUUCAACAAAACAAUCUACCGCAGAAUAACCUGUCCCAGAAAGACCUUCUUCAUAACUGACUGAUUCAAAACAGCCUUAGUCGUGAUAAUGUGCCACCGAGAAGAGUUCGCAUAACAGCCUUCAAGAUAACAGCCUCUCCAAGUACGGAAUAUCUCACAACCUGACUUAAAUGAACUACGUGUAUCAGAACAAUUUCUUCAGAAAAAUCCACCUCAUAACACCUCGCCAAAGAACAGCAUGUCCAAUAAAAGCAAUCUUCAGCUCGGCCUCCCACCUUAAAGCCUGCUAUAGAACAGCACGACACAGAAGGACCGGUCUUAUUAGAGUCUGCCAAAGAGAGGCCUUUAUCAGAACGGCUUAUCUUAAAAUGGUCCGGCUCAUAAUAAAUGACACAGAACAGCCUGACUAGGAUUGACCUGCCUAAUCGUACGGUAUAAGAACAGCUUGUCUGCAUCAUAAUGGCCUGCCCAAAUACAACCUUCUUUAGAAGGGACGGCAAUAAAUAUAAUUAUUUAUAACAUUCUGCAAUAGAAUAGCAUCCCCCAUAAUAAGCUUGUCUAAAAACGCCCUGCCUCUAAACAGACUGCCUUAUAAUAGCCUGCAAAAAUACAACUUUACUCAUAGCUUGCCUAAGAACAGCCUGUCUCAGAAGAGCAUGUCAUUGAAACGACAGCAUUUUAAUAUCCGGCCUGAGAACGGCCUGUCACAGAAGAGCUGGCAUAACAACCCCCUGCUUUAUAAUAGCCUGCCACAGUGGAGUCUUUAUCAUAACUGCCUGUAACAGAUCAACCUCCUUCAAAAUGGUUUGCCUCAGAACAGACUGUCACUGAAAAGCAUUCAUCAUAACAGUCUGCCUUGGAACACCCGUCCAUAUAACAGCUUGCCUUAGAACGGAAUGUCUUAGAACCGCAUGUCUCAUAUCAGCCUACCUCAAAUCAGCCUUUCUCAAAGCAGCCUGCCAUAGAACAAUCUGCCGCUGAACGGCCUGACUCAUAUCAGCCUACCUCAGAUCAGCCUUCCUCAUAGAAGCCUGCCUUGCCGCUCAACUGCCUGAUUCAUAUCAGCCUACCUCAGAUCAGCCUUCCUCAUAGAAGCCUGCCUUAGAACAAUCUACCGCUGAGCGGCCAGACUCAUAUCAGCCUAACUCAGAUCCACCAAUCUCAAAACAAUCUACCUCAUUCCUGCUUGCUCAUAACAGCAUGCCACACAAAAUUUUUCCUCGUAUCAGCCUGCCAUAGAUUAGUAAAAAAUUAGAAUACCCUGCCUCUGAACAGCAUGUUCCAGAAUGGCCUGCUUAAGAACAUUCCGUUUCAGAACAUACUGGCUUAUUUGAUUGCACACGAAAGCUGCUGUAGGUCUAUUCAAAUACUUCGGGUGUUGUAAACCAUUAUUGUUUAUGAAACUUCAUGAGCUCAUCAGCUUCGAAACAUUUGAUAACAGCAAUAUAUUAACUGGUCUAAUGAAUUUAUGAAAAAAGUCUGUGUGUGUGUUUUGGAGAUGGUAGUCUAAUUUUUCAAAUCUUUUCUAUCAAUUUUUUUAUAAAAAUCUUUCAAUCGUGUGUCUGAGUGUGUGUAUGUAUGUGUGUGUGUGUGGUUAAGGGGGGAGCGAGGUUAUGCAUUUAACGUAUCUAUAUAUGGUUUUACAAAUUUAAUAUUGUUUAAAAUAAUUUUGCCCGUUACAUAAACAAUAAGUAACAAUGGUGUCAAGAAAAACGAUACCAAAAAAGAAUAUCAAUAAUUACUGAUUCAAGUCAAUAUAAGUCUGCUUGAUAGCGGCAUUUUUCAGACAGAAGAAAAAGAAGAAAGUGCGUCAACGUCAAGAAACUUUCAAAAGGAUUCAAACAGAAAAAGACAAAAAAUAAAACGCAUUUAGAGUCAAAUAGAGACAAGAGAAGAGUCUUAGGGCCGACGAGAACCUAUUGCAUAAUCUCAUUAACAGAGGAGAAAACAGGAAAGCCUUAACAUACAGAAACACGAGUAGCAUCAGAAGAAGAAUAUAUACAACAGUGACGAACACUUGGAAACACUCGAGCACAUCCACCUGCAUAUCCUUGCAUAUCUCGAUAUCCUCCACAAAAGUCUGUCAACACAGUUUUUCCAAGCAGUACACAUUUCCUUGAGAAAAUGAUAUCAUACAACAACGAUUUGUCAUUACCCUUAAGUGGCGCUACUAUCUGUGAAUUGUCAGGAAGAGACCCAUACGUCUUCAUAGUAAAUCGAAAUACGAUGCAUUUUCAGCAAGAAACACGCCAUUUAUCUCAAUACGUGACACGCUACAUAGUAGACAUCACUAAACCCAUAUACAUUCAUUAAGAACAUGCCGCGAACGAACAGUGCAACCCACGCUCUCUGGAUCAAAACAAUCUCUUCCUCAAACAACACCAUAUAACCAGAUAAGACAUGAGAUGAUUGUGAAGUAGAAGCUUAAAAAGAUAGAAAGCAAUACUUGCAGGAUAUCAGAUUCCAUUGUUCAACAUGGUGUUUCAAACGAAAUCGCCAGUCGCAUCCAUGUUGUUUUAUCAUGAAACAUAGAAUGAAUAUAAAUGUUGAUAUCAAGAGUUUAUGAGUGAUGUUGAGGUCACGCUAGUUAAUCGAUCGUGUUUGAUAGUUUUGUGUUGAUGAGAAGAUAUUUCCCCCUAACGGAUAUUGUGCUAAGACGUAAAAUGAACCCUAUUAUUUCAUGAAGUGUUGCAGACUCUAGCAAUCGGAAUGCAUGACUUUUAGUGCAUAGAUUAACAGUGUGAGAGUCUACUAUAAGCAAAUUUUGACAGAAAUACUCAAGGGGUCUUGAUUAGAGAAACCAGAAAAUUUUGACGUUCCAAACAAUGAAAAGGACGAAAAUCACCCAACUCAAAAACAAGGACAACUGCUGUAAAGCAAAUAUGAACAACUAUUUGCCCCAAUGUUGUUUUGAAACAAUAGUUUCUAUCUCUGAAUGUUUUGCUUUAAACAUUUCGUACAAUACAAAUUUAACCUUUCAAAGCUCUUUCUCCUAGAAACUCUAGCGUACCUUCUAUUAGAAACUAAGGACACAUCAUUUCAUAACUUCUAUAUGAGCAAUAAGAAAAAUCUUGUCAUAAAUUCCAUAUGAUCAAUAGAAAAAAUCUUUUGAUAACUUCAAUAUGAAAAAUAAGAAACUUCUUGUCAUAACUUGAAGUCAAAACUCGUUUUACUUAUAAUUUUUUCCAAAAUUUUGAUAAAGCUUUCAAAAAAGUUAUUGUUAUAAAAAAUGUAAAAAAACAUUAAAAGAAAAAUUCUUUGCCUCGUGGGUUUCCUCGUCUUUAUCUAGUAUUGAAAUAGACCAAAGAGUCAAUUCCUUUUUAUUAUGUUACUUUAAUUUACAAAAAAACAUUUCUUUUUCUUUUUUAGACGUACAGCAAGGCAAAAGGAUAAUGCUAGAUUGGUGCAAAAAAUUAAUCCGAAUUCCAAAAAUGAAAAAAAUAAAAUACUAGAAUAGUUCAAAGAUUAAUCCACAUCCACGAGAGAAAAAAGUGUCAUACUAGAAUGGUGCAAAAAAAAAUUAACAACAUUCACGAAGUGGAAAGAGUAUAAUACUGGAAUGGGUACAAAAAUUAAUCGACAUUCACAAAGUGAAAAAAAAUAUUAGAAUGGUGCAAAAUUAGUCAACAUUCACAAAGAAAAAAAAAAUAUAAUACUAGAAUUAGGCAUAACUUAAUCUGCAUUCACAAAGUAAAAAAAUAAAAUACUAGAAUGGUGCAAAAAUUAAUCCACAUUCUCAAAGUGAAAAAUAGUGUAAUUCUUUUAAGGUUAGUAAGUCUCGUGAGUCUGUUGGUCGUCGUAUUUAUAGUGAAGCUAUCGAAAACCUCCAGAACAAAAAGUCUAGAAGUUGAAUAGUCAUAGAGUAAUUUCAAUGUCUCAGUAGACUUUCUGGAAAUUGUAAACACACUUUCCCAAUCCAGUAAAGUGAGAUAAAUGUAACAACCCGAAUCACAAAUUUAAUUGGUAACGACAGUAACUAAAUCAUAAGGGGAAACAAGGGAACAUAAUUAGGUAAACACGGUUUAUAACGGACCCAUGAAAAACUCUUUAACAGUUUCUACAAUGCGUUCUAAAAAUUAUGUACAACUUACUAUAUAACACUCUGUAAUAGACUACACCAAUUAUGUCAUCAUGCAAUUGAAGAACACAUCAAACUCAAUCAGCCUUGUAAUAGACUACACCAAUUAUGUCAUCCUGGAAAUGAAGAACACCUCAAACUCAAUCAACCUUGUAAUAGACUACACCAAUUAUGUCAUCCUGGAAAUGAAGAACACCUCAAACUCAAUCAGCCUUGUAAUAGACUACACCAAUUAUGUCAUCCUGGAAAUGAAGAACACCUCAAACUCAAUCAACCUUGUAAUAGACUACACCAAUUAUGUCAUCCUGGAAAUGAAGAACACCUCAAACUCAAUCAACCUUGUAAUAGACUACACCAAUUAUGUCAUCCUGGAAAUGAAGAACACCUCAAACUCAAUCCGCCUUUACAAAAUGUUUGAUACUUUUGAAGUCAACGCAAAAGUACACUUGGACAAUCACACAAAUACACAUGGCUAUCCGUGCAAAUACUAAUGUCUAACCACGCACAUACACAUGGAUAAAAGCAAAUACACAUGGUUAACCACGCACAUACAUAAUAUGGGUACCACACACAUACGCAUUGAUAAAAACAUACAUACACAUGGUGGACUACGCACAUACAUAUGGGUAACCACACACAUACGCAUGGCAAACCACACACAUAUACAUGGAUAAAAACACACAUACACAUGGUGAACUACGCACAUACACAUGGGUAACCAUACACAUACACUUGGCAAACCGAACACAAAAACAUGGUUAAACCACUCACAUACUCAAGGAUAACCCCCAUAAUACGCAUUGCUAACCGUACAAAUACACAUGGGAUUAUUAUGUAAUUAAAAAAUGCCGAGUUUUGAUUUUAAUAUCAUUUUAUUUUUACACAGAAAUAUCUAUUGCUGCUUUUUCUAAUGAACCAUUACGUCCCAGUGCGCUGUCAGGGUAAGUAUUAUUGUAAUAAGCUAUAAACGUCCCAGAGAGUUGUAAAUGUUAGUAUGAUUGUAAAAAGUCAUAAUGUCUCAGUGAUUAAUCCAGGUAAGUAUUAUUGUAAUAAGCUAUAACGUCCGAGUGAGAUGUCAAAGUAAGUAUUAUUGCACUAAGCCAUUAGUUCCCAGUGAGUUUUUCAAGUUAAACUUUAUUAUAAUAAGCCAUUACUUCCUAGUGAGCUUUCAAGUUAAAAAAAUAUUGUAACAAGCUAUUACUUCCCAGUGAGCUUUUCAAGGUAAACAUUGUAAUAAGCCAUUAUUUCACAAAGAGCUGGCAAGGCAAGUAUUAUUGUAAUUAGCUAUUACUUCCCAGUGAGCUUUUCAAGGUAAACAUUAUAAUAAGCCAUUAUUUCACAAAGAGCUGGCAAGGCAAGUAUUAUUGUAAUUAGCUAUUACUUCCUAGGAAGUUUUUCAAGGUAAAUAUUAUUUUAAUAAGCCAUUACUUCCCAAAGAGCUGGCAAAACAAGUAUUAUUGUAAUAAGCUAUAACGUCCCAGUGAGUUUUUCAAGGUAAAUAUUAUUGUAAUAAGCAAUUACUUCCCAAAAUGCUGGCAAGAAAAGUAUUAUUGUAAUAAGCUAUAUCAUCCCAGUCAAUUGUCAAGGUAACAAGUAUUGUAAUAUGCUAUUACGUCCCGGUGAGUUGUCAAGGCAAGUAUUAUUGUAAUAAGCUAUAACGUCCCAAUGAGUUGUCUAGAAAAGAUUUAAUUUAAUUAUAAUAGUUGUGAUUAUUAUUAUUUUUUUUUAAUCUAUAGUAAAGCCUUUGAUCAUGUUUUUUUUUUUUUUUAAAGUAUGUUUUUCACCUUGAUGUAGGCCUUUAACGUAAGAGGUGGCAUGUUAUACUCAAUCUUGUUUAGUUGGUUAACUUGUUGUAGGCCCCUUUUUUUUAAUUUGAAGAAGACCUUGCUUUAUGAUAAUAUAGUAUUUGGUUCAAAUUGUUGAAGGUGUCAAUUCCUAAGUUAACUUUGAUUAAUUAAUUCGUCAAGAGUUUUCACGCUUUGAAUACCUCGUACUAUUCUUACUAUCACUGAAUAAACUCAAGUUCUUUUAAUAAUAUUUGUAGCUUUAAUGUCUAAGGAUAUACUAUACACAUCAACGCAUGAAUGUUGCGCUGCUCGCUAUCAGACAUAAAUAAUACACAUCCUACUUCUACAAAGUUCCACUUAAGACGGCUGAACGACUAAAACGUACGCAACAAUACUGUCUAGACAAUACGUCACCCUCAUCAUUAAAAUACGUCACAGAGUCAAGGUCGGGAAGGGCGUUCACUAACUAAUUACAACUCUCAAACACACAACGCACUUUAUGAACAUAAUAUCCAGUCGCAACUAUUACUAAUGAACUCCUAUACUUGACAGAAGGCCUUGGUUAAAUUUUAUGUACGCUUAUUUCAAAUUGUUGUAGGCCUUGUUUCCGCUUGAUGGAGGCCUUAGUUUAAAAUGAUGUGGGCCUUUUUUCACUUUGACGUAGGCUUUCGUGCUACCCUAUGUAGCACUUUUUCGACUUAAUAUUGACUUUGUUUCAACUUGAUAUAGGCUUUUGUGCUACUUGAUGUAGCUUUUUUUCGACUUAAUUUUGACUUUGUUUCAAUUUGAUGUAGGCCUUUGUGCUACUUGAUGUAGCCCUUUUUCGACUUAAUGUUGGCCUUUGUUCAAUUUGAUGUAAGCCAUGUUUUAAAUUUUGUGUAGGCCUUUGUUCAACUUUAUUGGGCAUACAAUUAUUUGAUGUCGGCCUCGAUUAAACAUGAUGUAGGCCUUUGUUCAACUUGAUGUUGGCCUUGGUUUAAUCUGAUGUGGACCUAGGUUUAACAUGAUAUAUGACUUGGUUCAACAUGAUGUAGGCAAAUAAUAUUUGUAUCAAAUAAAAUAAAUUGGUAUGAAUUUAGUUAUUUUGAAAUAUUUGAUGAUUUCAAUUCUUUUUGUAGUCUUCAAAAAAGUUUGUAAAUCACAGUAUUGAUGGCAUAAAUCAAACUAUUUAAAAAAAAAUAAAUAAAAAAAAUUCUCGUAAAGCUUUGUCUUCUUUAGUAUGAGCAGUUGUUUCCCUUUAGAAGGGUCAUUAAACCAUUAGCUUUGUCUUGUUUAAGAUGAGCACCCGCAUGUCUUUAGAAGGGUUAUUGAACCAUUAGUGUUGCCUUCUUUAAUUUAAGCAGUUGUGUAUUUUAGAAAGGUCAUAGAACAAUUCAUUUUUCCUUCUUUAAUACGAGCAGUUGUGUCUCUUUAGAAGGGUCAUUGAACCAUUAGCUUUGCCUUUCUUUGGUAUGAGCUGAUUUGUCUCUUUAGAGAUGUCAUUAAACCAUUAGCUUUGCCUUAUUUAGUAUGAGCAGUUGUGUCUCUUAAAUUGAACCAUUCCUUUUCACAUGUUUAAUAUAAGCUCCUGUGUUUUUUAGAAGAGUAAUUGAAUCAUUAGCUUUGCCUUCUUUAGUAUGAGAAGUUGCGUCCAUUUAGAAGGGUCACUGAACCAUUAGCUCUACUUUCUUUAGUAUGAGACGUUGUGUCUCUUAAGAUGAGUCACUGAACCAUUAGCUUAGCCUGUCUUCAUUAUGAACAGUUGCGUUUUUUUUAGAAGGCUCAUUGGCCAUUAGUGAUGCAUUCUUUAGUAUGAGAAGUUGUGUCUAUUUAGAGGGGUCAUUGAACUAUAAGCGUAUUUAAAUUAAAUAUAUAGCUUGAAAAGUAAAAAAAAAAGCGAGAAUGGUGUUUGAAUAUAUGUUGACAUCUCUGUGCUAAUAGACUUUACAAUUUAAUCGAAUUCAAAAUCUUUUUUUUUUCAGCAUGUCUUUUUUAUCAUUAUGUCUCUGCUUUCAGCAUGCCGUUAUUAUCAUUAUGUCUCUGUUAUCAGCAUGCCUUUGUUAUUCUUAUGUCUCUGUUAUCAGCGUGUCUUUGUUAAUAUUAUGUCUCUACUAUCAGCAUGUCUUUGUUAUCAUUAUGUAUCUGUUAUCAGCGUAUCUUUGUUAUCAUUAUGUCUCUGUUAUCAGCGUGUACUUGUUAUCAACAAAUUUUCUGAUUCAAUUUAAUUUCAAUGUACAAUUCUUUUAUAAAUAGACUGCACCCCCAUCAUGGCAAAUCUGGACAAAUUUAUAAAAUUUGACAAUAUGGGGACGACGUAUUACACGUCGAAAGCCCACUACUCUGAUGCCGUUCAAUCUGCUGCUAUGUGCAAAUCAAUCUGUGGACACCUCAGUGAGAUAGAAGAUAAAAAAGAAGAAGAACUAGUCCAUGCUUUGCUUAAGCGUUUAAACUACGGUGGCGUUUUGAUAGAAGGGACAAACAAGUACGACAAGUCCAAAUGGGAGAGCGAGAGGACCCUAAAGAAAAUAAACUACGUCAACUGGUGCCGUGGGGAACCCAAUAAUCAUCUUAAAAAUGAAAACUGCUUGACUUACAUGAAAAAUUGGGCUUGCAUGUGGGACAUCCCUUGUGUUUAUGAUUACAGAGCAUUUGACAUUCAUUACUUAUGUGAAGUCAAAAACACUUAAGACUGAUGAAAGGAUUAUACAUUGAUUUAUGGAUGUUUGGGUUCGGAAUUUUAAUUCUAAAUUCCUCGUGACCUUGUUAUCAGAAUGCCUUUGUUAUCAACAGGACUUUGUUGCCAGUAUUUCAUUGGGUUUUUAAAAAUUAAAACAAGACAGUCAACGCCAGACGUUAAAGAAGAUGUGGUCGUAAGAAAAAAAAAUAUUUUUAAAACAUGUGUUUAAUUAGAAUGAUUCAAGCCAUUCUUAGACUAUUUCAUAACAUUUUUUUAAAAACAUUAUUCUUAAAAAAUAUAAAAUUUCUGAUGGUAUCGAUCAUACAUAUGUAAAGUAAAAUUAUUAAAGUAUGGUUGAUUUUCAGCCACUUUGUAAACACAUUUUCUGUUAAAAUACGUAAUUCU